AUGGAAGAGGAUCCCUCGGUCUUCGACUACGACGGGGUUUACGACGAGAUGAAGGGGAAGAUUACGCGCCCAAAGGUUCAGGAUCGAACGGAGAGAAAGAUCGAAGAGCAGCACAAAAAGGCAAUGGAAGAGGAUCCCUCGGUGUUCGACUACGACGGGGUUUACAACGAGAUGAAGGGGAAGAUUGCGCGCCCCAAGAUCGAGGAGCAGCACAAAAAGGCAAUGGAAGAGGAUCCCUCGGUCUUUGAAUACAACGGGGUUUACGACGAGAUGAAGGGGAAGAUUACGCGCCCCAAGGUUCAGGAUCGAACGGUGAGAAUGAAGACCUCGAAGCCAACUCCUCCUCGCCCUCCCCCUCAUGCCUUCACUUUCGGCGACGGCGACAACGAGGAUGACAUCAAGAGGGAAAUCUCACGGCAAGCGUCCAAGAACAAGUCUCUCCAGAAGUUCGAGGAGCAGCACAAAAAGGCAAUGGAAGAGGAUCCCUCGGUCUUUGACUACGACAGGGUUUACGACGAGAUGAAGGGGAAGAUUGCGCACCCCAAGGUUCAGGAUUGA